AUGCCAUCUAGCUCCUUCUUCGGUCACAGCAGGCAUAAAAAGGAUGCUGCGAAGAAAGCUUCUGUACCUCCAACUACUGCUCAAUCAACCCCUGUAUCGAUAGCCAAUUCCUCUGGGAGCUCUACUCCAAACGCAUCCAGAUUCAGACCACGCUCUCAAAGCCAUAAUGGCGCUGCGGCUUCGGAGACAUCGUCCGCCAGGUCAGCAGUGACUGCAAAACCGACUGAGGCUACGAGAAAAAUGCCAAACGUAUUCGAGUUUCUCGAAGACGACGGUAAAGGGAAUGAGCGCGAACCAGAUAACACUGCGCAUUCAGCUGGUAGAACCUCGCACUUCUCAGAACCAACGCGCACGAUGCCAUCUCCUCAACGGACAUUGACAAAUGGAGUUCCGCCUCUGGUCGGUACCCCUACUACCAGAGUGCAUGUUGAUGCCGGCGUAUGUCAGAGGGAAGCCAGCCCUGGUCGAUCGUCUUCAGUGGCUUCGAGGGAAUCCGCUGAAUUCCAGCCUGCCACCCCGCCUGAUAUGUCCCCUGCAGGUGUCCAUAUAGGCUUGGCAAAAGAGCAUGCUUCGAAUCAAAAGUUACAUCUUGCUGGUUCUUAUAGCCCCGUAGGUAGUCUUGGAAGUCCAUUCCUCGGAGAGCAAACUUUUGACCUUUCUGUCCCCGAAUCUUACUACACCACCCCGAGAGAGAAACCGGUUCAAUGCGAGCCCCUGGCGCCUUUACAAGCGAACGUCAAAGGCAGUCCAGGUUCGAAGAGUGAUAGAGCAAAGAAGAACAAGAAGUCGCCAACUGUGUCAUCGGGAUACGAAUAUCUUGCGGCAAAGCUCACGCCUACGGUAAACGGUGACAAGACCAUUCCACCACUCUAUAGGAAAUUCGAGUCCAUCAAUCAUCGAGUACUGCUCCACCUCCAGGAUGAAAUUUCACAGAUGGAAGAGGAUCUGCAUAUCCUUGAUGACUAUGAAGAAAUGCACCGAAUCGCACUAGCCAAACAAGAAGGGACCAAACCGAUGGCCGCUUCACGGCGAAUGGAAGCCAACGCACAGUCCUACUCCGCAUUGCAUUAUAGAAGAAUGGAUCUAUUGGGAAAGCUCAUCUUGAAGACGGAACAGUAUAGGCCUGUUUGUAGACUCACUCUGGACAUGCUUUUCCGCUACAAUGAAGACAACGCACUUUGCUCGUACAGCAAAGUGAUGCAGACAUUGCCUCAGGCGCCUGAAAGGGACAUCGAAACUUACCGUGCAUGGAUGAAAGAGAAUUGCCCCAUAGUACGAUCCGAAACGCGUUUCCUCGACCACAACCUCGAUCUCGUUUCCCUUGCCCCUCGUUCUACAACCUCGAUCUACUCUACCAUGGCUAUCACUGCAGCCGCGAUCCUUCUCCCCCUGCUCGCAUUCGGAACAAUAUCAGAGUUUAUCGGCCGUCUCGUCGUCGUGGCCAUCGUCGGAGGCGCCGCCGGUGUGUUCGCAGCAAAACAUGCAUCGGGCGUUGAACAACACGUCGAUCCUCAAGAUGGGUGGAGAUGUGCCGCAAUAUACUUCGGUUGUAUGGCCGUCGCUGCUAUAGCAAUACCUUAA